CAUUAAAACUCAGUUUUAGUACACACUUAUCUUAGAAUUUUCAUUUGAGUGUGUUGUAUCAUAAUGUCAGAUUUUUAAAUUAAAUAGCGUGUACCUGUUUAAAUAAUUUGGUGGACUCAGUUUCCACACUUAGACUCUUACUAGAAAUAAUGACACUCCAAAGAUGUCUCUAUCAAGUUUCAAAACAGAUAUCACAGCAAUUUAUUCUUCAACCAAGUGUUAGGCAGGUGUUUUGUAAAAUCAACUAUAAAUACAGUACUAAUGCUGAAAAAAAGUUCUCUGACCGACAUGAAUGGGUGCUUGUUGACAAAGAGAAUAUUGGAACAGUAGGAAUAAGUAAAUAUGCUCAAGAAUCUCUUGGAGAUGUUGUGUUUGCCCAGUUACCUGAUCCGGGAAUGCAAUUAAACGUUGGGGAUGAGUGUGGUGCUCUAGAAAGUGUUAAGGCUGCUAGUGAAAUAUAUUCUCCUGUCAGUGGAACUGUUACAGAGAAGAAUAAGGAGGUGGAAAAGAAACCCGGGCUUAUAAAUAGUUCUUACUAUGAUAAAGGAUGGCUAUUUAAACUUAAACUUUCAAAACCAGAACAAUUAAAUAAUCUAAUGAAUGAGAAGCAAUAUGAAGAAUUUUUGAAGACAGAUGCUGAAAAAGAUCACACUUAAAAUGUAUGCUACUCACUACCUUUUAUUUAUAAUUUAAAUCAAAAAUUUUGUUAUAUAGUUUAGCUGUUAUAAAAAUAAUUUGAAUUGCUGUUAUUUACGAUGUGUAAACUUUUACUUGGUUGGUGUUAUGUACAUAGUGAAAGCUUUAAUAAAUAAUGGAGUUCAUGUGAUAUAAAUUUAAUAAACAAUUCCUUAUCCGAUU